GUGGUGGGUGACAAGCUAGGCGUACUUCCGCACACUAUCCGGGUCUCCCUCGAGGGGGAGCUCUUCGCAGUCGACGCCACAAAUAACAAUAUAGUUCGGAUCACUCCGCCUCUCUCCCAGUAUAGCAGAGCAAGAUUUGGUUGCCGGGUCAUUUAAGGGAUUCUCUGGACAUGUAGAGAUGGUAAACCUGCAGAUGCUCGUUUCUAUCGUCCAAAAGGUGCCGCUAUGGAUGACAAAGGGAAUGUGUAUGUUGCUGAUAUCUCCAAUAUGGCUAUUCGAAAGAUAACUGAAUCAGGUGUGACUACUAUUGCUGGAGGAAAAUCAAAUAUAGCAGGUUAUAGAGAUGGCCCGAGUGAGGAUGCUAAGUUUUCUAAUGACUUUGAUGUGAUAUAUGUUGGAAGAACUUGUUCUCUUCUAGUCGUGGACAGGGGUAAUGCUGCUCUUCGCCAAAUUUCUCUUCAGCAAGAGGACUGCCAAUACCAGUAUACUUCAGUAUCAACAUCAGUGGAAGUAGCAACAGAAGUUCAACAGGAGAGCAACAACGUCAAACUAAUUUUUAAGCGGCUUACUGAUGCCGAGAUGGCUUUUAGUAGUGCCAGAAAAUAUGGAUGGUUUGGGCCAUCACUUCUCAGUUAUCAUCUCAGAUAUCUAUCGUCAACACCAGAUACUUUUGCUGACAUCCAACAAUCAGACAAUUAUGCUGCACUACCAGAACAUAGCAACUUGGAAACUCCAGGGAAUGAUUCUGAACAGUUGCAUUCUUGCUUAUGAGAUUUGGAAGAUGGCAUCAGAGUUUACAAAUCUCAAGUACUCCAGAGUUGAAAUUGAUGAAGUGCGGU